AUGAGUAACGAAUACAAAAGAAUCACCAUUGCUCAAGAUGGGGGUGUCUAUGAUAUCAGCAAUGAAAAGCAAUUUCAUCGUUUGCUGGAAUGGCUGGACGCCAAGUUCUUGGAAAAUUCAGAGUCGAAACGAAGGGUUACUGGAUACGCCGCUCUCGUGGAUGGAGGGACCUACACGGUGACGUCUCGCAAUGUUACUAAUACAGCCUCCAGCAAUGCCGCUGUACAUCCGCAUAAAACAACAGUUGAAGCCCAGCAGCCAACGAUGAAUCAUCGGUCACAAGCAGAAGCACCAGGAGAAUCCAAUCAGGAACAGGAAUGA